AUGUUUCAAUUCGGCACAUAUUUCAUUUUAGUAAGCUAUGGGGUAUUCAGCGUCGAUGCAUACACCUGUCCGCCCGAGAGGGAGAUAACUUUAAACGAUGAAGCGAGACUCCACAAGGAUUUGCUAUGCGCGUACGACGUCGACGAUCGUCCGGUCCAGGACUACAAGAGUCCCGUUACCGUCAAAGUGAGAAUAGCCCUCAAAUACAUAAGCUUCGACUCGUUAGAGGAGACGUUCACGAUGCACAGCUGGAUGGCGCUAUCGUGGAAGGACGAGUACUUGAAGUGGGUGCCGACAGACUACGGCGGAAUCAAGGAGAUCCAGAUCGAGAGCCACGAGGUGUGGACGCCCCGUUUGGCGUUGUUCAACGCAGACGCUUCGUUGUACCCGUCGGACUCUUUCUACACGAUUUGCCUGCUUAGCAGCGACGGCACGGUGACCUGCGUGCCACCGGUGGCGCAUACGGGCAUCUGUCGCACUUCCUUGCGUCGAUGGCCGUACGACACGCAAAACUGCACGCUAUUCUUCGGAUCGUGGAUGCACACGGGUGAGCAGGUCAACUUCACGUUCUACCGAAAGCAGCCCGUCGUGUUGGACGACUACCAAAACGGGCCCGGGUGGCGUUUGAUGCAUGUGCAGAACGAACGCCUGCCGGGAAAGUACAGCUGUUGCCCGAACACCACUUACCCCAUGUUGAAAUACACGUUCGUGAUGAAGAGGGAGGCGGGCGGGCCGGCCGCCAUUGUUGUGGUGCCGUCAAUCGCGAUCGUUAUACUGACGCUGACCUCCCUGGUCUUGGACGUGAGAGAUAACACGAGGCUGUUCAUGAUAUGUUUCAGUCUGUUCGGCCACUUCACAUUUCUCAGUGAAAUAGGCUACGACAUACCAAAGCAUAGCUCGGACACGCCGAUAAUAUUGUUGUUCGUCCGCGACUCGAUGGUUGUGACCCUCGCCGCUAUAGUGGUUACGUUGUUUCUAAUGUCGCUGCGGAGGCGUACGGUGUCUCCGCCCACGUGGAUAGUGUCAGUCAACCGUCUGGCGAGCAGCGGCCCCGGGAAGUACGUGGUGUUCACCGAAUUCGACCCGAGCGGAGUUACCGAGGCCAAAUCGCUCUCGGAGGAAGGGGACGCAUCAAACGAAACCGGGGAGAAGGCACGAGCAGCGACCGACUGGAUUCAAUUUGCAAACCUACUCAACAGCGUCGUAUUCAUCAUUUCAGUCAUCGUUUACCUAGUCUUGAUAAUCGCGUACAUACCUCAUGAUUAU